AUGGAACCCCAACGCCCCCGUUCCAAAUCAGACGAGGAGGUUGUCCGUCAGUUAGUCACAGAAGGACUCCUUCUGUACUGUCUUCCAUCGUUUGUUGUGUGUAUGGGUGGGAUGUACUUGAUGCGCCGCCGUGCGGCCACCAAGACCGUUAGUCGCGUCGAGCAGAUGGCAUUGUCAGCGCUCCAAUACUAUGGUGCAGGAAUUCUGGGUCUGGGUGUUGCCAUGCAAUAUUACAGACCACAAUUUGAACAGAAAGUUCUGGAGAAAAUUCCGAACAGCACCUAUGCAAAACUGAUACGAAACAGGAAUGCACGGAAAUGA